AUGUUUUGGACUAUCUUAAUUUCGUCGAUCACAAUAUUAAUCAUUGCAAUAUAUUUUUACAUCAAAUGGAAAUAUUAUACGCUACGUGAUUCAAUACCUGGUUUAAAACCUGAAUUUUUAUUUGGUAAUCUUCGUCAACUCGGCAUUAUUGGUCCAAAUAGAGAAUUAAUCGAAACCUACAUUCAUGGUUGUGAGAAAAUGCAACGAAAAUUUGGAGAUAUAUUUCAAUAUUGGAUAGGUCCACAUUAUUUUUAUGUAUUUUGUCGAGUCGAACAUGCCGAACAAAUUUAUGCAGAUCGUUCUCGAUUCGAUCAUGUAGAAGUGUGUCUAAGAACAGUUGGAUUAAUAGCAGAAAAUUUUAUUAUUUCAUUUAUAGGUCCAAAAUACAAACGACAUGCUAAAGCAAUUUUGCCUAUAUUAAAAAAGAAUAAAUUUCUAUCACAAAUACCCAUUAUCAUUAAUUGCGUAAAGAUGACAUUAUAUGAACAUGUCUAGUGAAUGAUAAUCAACAUUUAAUGUUAGAUACAUUUACACUUCUAACGUUUGAUUAUGAUUUGGGCAAUUUAAAAUAUUUAGCUAGAGAAGCAACACGAUGUAAUCCAGACGAAAAAUAUAAACCAUCCGAUUUCAGUCUCGCAUUAUCAAUUUGGCUCGAUGCAUUG